ACUGCAGAACAACAACAGACAUGGUGUUCUUUUGUUUUCUCGUUGAUCAGACAAGGAAAGUGAGCACCAGUAAGCCGGCGGCGGGGAUCUGCUCGCGGUGCGGCGGAGGAGCCAGCGUCGCCGACAUGAAGACCGCCACCAGGUUUUGCUACGUCCCGUUUUACUGGAAAUCUUGGAGGGCGAUUAUAUGUACCUUCUGUGGAGCCAUUCUUCGAUCUUAUCGGUAAAAAAUUCGUAAGAUCAAAAAUUCGAAUUUUCAUAUCAAUAAUCCAUUUAACAU